AAGAAACCGCGGGAGAAAAUUAGGAACCUUCCUUUCGGGCCGCGGGUGUCAGUCGGAGGUUUUAGAACGAAACACCGACGCGACCACUUUGGAAGCAGCCGUUGUAGCUGAAGCCCCGCGAGGAAGAUGAGCACCAAACAAGUGACCUGCAGGUACUUCCUCCACGGGGUGUGCAGGGAGGGAAGCCGCUGUCUGUUCUCCCACGACCCGACCAACAGUAAACCCUCCACCAUCUGCAAGUUCUACCAGAGAGGAGUGUGCGCCUACGGAGAGCGCUGCAGGUAUGACCACAUCAAAUCCUCAUCCAGAGGAGGAGCUCCAGAGGAUCACCCCGGCGUGGGAGGAGCUGGAGCCGUCUUCACUCCACCUUCAGUCAGAGGUGGAGUGAAGAAAACAAUGGUCCUCAGAGAUAGAGUUCUGGGUGUAGACACUAUGUUUGGGGGUCCAGUAGACAGUUUGGGGUCGGAGGUUACAGCGGCGGCGGCGGCCGCGUCAGCAUCCCCUCACUCGUAUGUGCAAGCCAUCAGGACGGGUCUGGACGCUUCAGCACAGGAACACGCCCCUCCCCCCGUGGGCGGAGCCUACCACGACCUCCCUCAGCUGUGUCCCUACGCUGCCACCGGACACUGCUUCUACGAGGACAGCUGUACGUAUCUCCACGGCGACCCGUGUGAUGUGUGCGGGCUGCAGGUGCUUCACCCCCACGACCCCGAGCAGAGAAGAGCGCACGAGAAGAUGUGUAUGCUGUCCUUUGAGGCCGACAUGGAGAAGGCUUUCGCAGCCCAGCUGAGCCAGGACAAGGUGUGUUCCAUCUGCAUGGAGCUGGUGGUGCAGAAGAUGAAUCCGUCGGACCGCAGGUUCGGCAUUCUGUCCUCCUGCUGUCACACCUUCUGUCUGGCCUGCAUCCGGCAGUGGCGCUGCACCAGAAACUUCAGCAACAAGAUCAUCAAGUCGUGUCCAGAAUGUCGCGUUGUCUCAGAGUUUGUCAUCCCUUCGACCUACUGGGUGGAGGACCAGGACGAGAAGGACCACCUCAUAGACCUCUUCAAGUCCGGAGUCAGCAAGAAGUCCUGUAAGUACUUCGAUCACGGUCGAGGAUCGUGUCCCUUCGGGGGGAAGUGUUUGUAUCUUCACGCCUUCCCAGACGGCACCCGAGCGGAACCCGACCGGCCCAGAAAGCAGCUGAGCUCCGAGGGGAACGUCCGGUUCAUGAACAACGUCCGUCUGUGGGACUUCAUCGAGGAGCGCGAGCAGCGGCCCGCCACGUCCUCCCUGGACGAUGACAUCACGGAGAUGAGGGAGCUCUUCAUGCAGAUGUCGGGGCCGAGCCACGACGAGCCGGAGACCCCGAGCGCCGAGGACCAGUAGAGGGGACCGGGCCCUCCGCAGGUCCGACCCGCGGGGGGGGGGGCGAAGCCGAGCCCUCCGCAGGUCCGACCCUCGGGGGCGGCGGGGGGGGGCCGAGCCGCUUCUGUGGAUCGUUGAAAUAUUAAAUCGUGUGACCACGCGCAGCUCUCUGGUGUGUUUCAAAACAAAAUCCCUCAUGUACACACGUUUGCUGAUUGGUUGAUGCUAUGUUGUUGCCGUUUUAUUUAUUGUGUAAAUACAUAAAUACCGAGUAGGUGUGAAGUUGUUCCGUGGUGUUGUUUGAAAUUGAUCUCCAUCCUCCAUUUAGCCGGUAAGGUAGUUUAUUCAGAUCGUGGAAAUUGAUAAUGUUAACGUCAGUGCUCCAGUAGGAGCAGUUAGGUAAACCAGAUGUCCCGCCUCAAAUGGACAUUAUUUAAAUUGAAUGGGUUUCUUGUGAUUUUUAAAUUAUGACAAAUAUAUGAGUUUCGUUUUUGAAUUUAAACAUUUUUAACAACAACUUCAGGUUAUUUCAGAUUGUAAGCGAUUCAGAAGUCU